AUGCGUACCAUAACGGAAUCUGAUCGAGAGGAGCCCAAUGCCUGCUACCUUCCACACCAUUCCGUACUCAAAGAAGACGCUAAGAGCACUAAGCUUCGGGUAGUCUUUGACGGCUCCUGCAAAACCAGCACAGGGCUAGCCUUAAACGACUGCAUGCCUGUAGGCCCGGUAGUUCAGAGUGAUCUCAUCUCUAUACUUCUUCGCUUUCGCACCUACCGAUACGUAUUGGUGGCCGAUAUAGUCAAAAUGUACAGGCAAAUCCUGUUGCAUCCUUCACAAACACAUUUGCAAAGAAUUUUAUGGCGCGAGGAUAAACGAGCGCCCGUGCAAGCUUUCGAGUUGCUUACUCUCACCUACGGCACCACCAUUGCAUCAUAUUUGGCGACAAGAUGUCUCGUGGAUCUAGCGGAUCAAUUUACCAAGGAAUUUCCCGUAGGAUCGCUUCAUUUAAGGCGCAACUUCUAUGUUGAUGAUCUCCUCACCGGCGCCGAUACCAAGGCGGAAGCAUUGUCCAUACGUGAUGAGCUAAUACAACUCUUAAAAUUAGGUUUCAAACUGAGCAAAUGGGGAUCCAAUUGUUCCGAAUUAUUGAACGGCAUCAAUGAUCAGAGUGAACAUUUGAUAACAUUCACCAAGGACGAGAACUUUCGAAUAUUGGGCACCUCGUGGGAUAGGAAUGGCGACACGCUUCAAUUUUCCCUUUCGCCUUCAUUGUCUGCAAAUGCAUCGUCUAAACGAAUUAUCUUAUCGGAAGUAUCUAGGCUCAUUGACCCAUUAGGACUACUCGGACCGGUCAUUGUACUAGCUAAGCUCAUAUUGCAAGAGCUGUGGCAAGCUGGAAUAGAAUGGGACGAAUCCAUCCCUCAGCACGUACAUACAAAAUGGAUGCAACUUAAAUUGCAAUUGCCCAGUCUAAACCUGUUAAAGAUACCUCGUUGGUCAAGAGUCGCACCUCUCAAAUCCGUAUCGUUGCCACGUCUUGAAUUAUCCGCCGCAUUGCUGCUAGCGCGCCUAGUGCACAAAAUUAAAUCAGCACUUGAAGUGGCUCACGUAGAAACCUUUUUGUGGUCGGAUUCUACUAUAGCUCUAAAUUGGAUAGCUUCCGCAUCACGACGAUGGUCGACGUUCGUGGCUAACCGGGUCGGAGAAAUCCAGCGUCUAACCGAGCAUAAUCACUGGGGACAUGUCAGUUCCACCGACAAUCCUGCGGACCCGUUAUCGAGAGGUCUGCUCCCGGACGACAUUAUAAAGUCUAAGCUAUGGUGGCACGGGCCCACUUAUCUAAGUUUACCGAUGGUAGAAUGGCCCAGCGGCGAUUUCCCCUCACUGGGAGAUGAAGGCCCAGAACAAAGAAAGAUUUAUGCCGCGGUUAUAUCAAAGGACUUUACCCCUAUAAAUAAAUUGAUUGCCAGGUUUUCUAAUCUAAACAAGACAUUACGUAUCACAGCUUACUGUCUCAGGUUGGCUCAGGUCAAAGCUCUCAGGCCGGCUACAGUAGCAAUCUCCCCGGGAGAAACAAUUCAAGCUCUGAACUCGUUAUGCAAGGCCGUUCAAAACCAAUCAUUUUUUAGCGAAUACGAAGCAUUGUCUAACGCGCGUAGUAUUGCCAUCUCCAGCAAUAUGAAUUCCCUUUCUCCAUUCCUCGACGACGAUGGCUUGAUAAGAGUAGGAGGCAGAAUAAAAAAUUCAGCACUAUCCUUCGACGCAUCCCAUCAAAUAAUACUGCCGCGACACCACCCACUAACUAAGCUCAUCAUACAAUACGAACACAUCCGCAAUUUCUACGCCGGCCUGCAGGCCACCAUGGCGGCGGUCCGUCAGCGGUUUUGGCCGCUGUCCUUGAGAUCAGCUGUACGCAAGAUCAUAAACAAUUGCAUUAAGUGCUUCAAGGCUAGAUCUUCAAUCUCGGAAGCGGAAAUGGCCUGCUUGCCUUCCCCUAGAGUCACGGUUUCGCGACCCUUCACCCAUUGCGGAGUGGACUACGCAGGCCCGGUGACCUUGCGAGAGGGCAGACGCCGUAACUCACGUAAUCACAAGGCGUACGUAGCCGCCUUUGUAUGCUUCUCUACAAAGGCGGUACAUUUAGAGUUGGUAAGCGACCUCACCACUGACGCAUUCAUAGCUUCGCUCAGAAGGCUUAUUGCGCGAAGAGGAAGGCCUGAGCGCAUGUACUCGGACAAUGCCACCACUUUCGUGGGCGCUCAGCGCCAAAUCAAAGAAUUUUAUGAAUUCUUACGAAAUGACGAGGUUCAGAAUUCUAUUAAUCGAUUCCUGUUAGAACAGCACACUACUUGGGCUUUCAUUCCUCCCAAUGCGCCACAUUUUGGGGGUCUUUGGGAGGCCGCAAUUAAGUCCGCAAAAUUUUACAUUACCAGAAUAAUCGGUGGCUCCCACUUAACAUAUGAGGAAUUUCAAACGAUAUCGUCUGAAAUUGAGGCUAUCUUAAAUUCGCGGCCUCUGCAGCCAUUAAGCUCGGAUCCGAAUGACAUGUCAUAUUUAAGUCCCGGGCAUUUUCUGGUUGGCACAACAUUGAAUAGUUUUCCACAUCCCGAUUUGACCAAUGUAAAUCUGAAUAGGCUUCAGCGGUGGCAGGUCGUUCAGCAAAUGCGACAGCACUUCUGGGCCAGGUGGAGUGCAGAAUACCUGAGCUCCCUUCAGGAGCGUCAUAAGUGGAAAAGAAACAAAGGCCCGCAAUUGGAGCCUGGGCAACUGGUUCUAAUAAAACAGGCAGGGCUGGCCCCGCUGCAAUGGCUAACCGGCCGCGUGGAAUCUGUCCACCCUGGCCCCGAUGGCGUGUCGCGAACCGCCACCGUGAAGACCUCCAAGGGAUCCUACGUCCGACCUCUUUCAAAACUAGCUAUACUGCCCAUAUAA